GUAUCAAUAAAUCCGCGUACAUCGAGCGCAGAGUCUCUCCGGUGAACCGGCUGGUGAACAACUGAACGUAACGCAGUCGCUGUCACGGACACAACUGUCACAUGCUCCACACAGUUUCACCGUCACGUGUUGUUGACCGGCAUUGAACGCCUGGCUGAAUUUGGGUUAUCUCAGAUGUCUCGUCAUAUUCGUGGACUUCGAGCUUUGCUCUUUCAUUCGGAGCAGGUUUUCACAAGUUUUUCGUCCUUGUUUUGUUUGUUUGCGUAGAAGAGCUCAACGAUGAUUAAAAUUCCUUCACCUGGCGGAUACGACAAGCUUGUAUACACAGAUCUUGCCGAGGAUCGGUACACAGAGAGUGCUAACAUCAAACUAGAGAACAUCAAAGAGGAAGACUUAGUUGUUGUCAAAACAUACGCUUGUGGUGUAAACUAUGCCGACGUCUGCACUCGCUGGGGCCUGUACGAGUCAGCUAAGAAAUUCGUUGGUUGGCCGAUCACACCUGGCUUUGAAUUCAGUGGCGAAAUCGAAAGCAAAGGAGAAAAUGUGACGAACUUUAAGAUCGGCCAAAAAGUCUUCGGUGUGUCUAUCUUUGGAGCUUACUCAAAACGCAUCAGAGUGCCAAAACAUCAGGUGUUUCCGUUACCAGAAAAUUUCGAUACGCACGAGGCAGCUGGAUUUUUGACUGUAGCUCUGACCGCUUGGUACGGAAUGUUUGAACUUGCCAGACCCCGAGCUGGUAGCUGGAUACUUGUACACUCUGCUGCAGGGGGAGUGGGAAGUAUGCUGGUGCAGCUUGCGAAGAUCCAUGGUUGUAACGUGGUGGGUGUAGUGGGAGCAAGUCAUAAAGUGGAUCUUGUCAAGCAAAUAGGCUGCCACCACGUCAUCGACAAAUCCAUGGAAGAUCUAUGGAAAGCUGCCGAGUCACAUUCUCCUGGUGGUUACCAAGUUGUGUUUGAUGCUAACGGAGUUGACACUCUGCAAGAGAGCUAUGAUCACCUUGCGCCAGGGGGCAGGCUAGUUGUUUAUGGUUUUCAUACUAUGCUUCCAAGAUCCAGCGACACUAGUAAUGGUGUGAUCAGCUGGUGGCAAUGGAUAAAAAUUGGAUGGAACUACAAGAACACUCCUCAGUUCAAUCCUCUAAAGAUGACGACUGAAAAUAAAAGCGUCAUGGCAUUCAACCUGAGCUUUCUCUUCAAUCGCCGAGACAUUUUGGAAGAAAGUAUGGCACAGCUGCUCUACUGGGUGAAACGUGGCCUGCUCAAGGUUGGCAAAGUCACACCAUAUCCAUUCAAAGAAGUCAGCAAAGCACACAGUGAUUUAGAAUCUGGACAAACAGUGGGCAAGUUGGUACUCACCAUGGACUAUUAAGAUGAAGAAAGGAACUACCCUUGUACAGAACUAUGAGAUGUAAAUUAGAUUUAAAUUAAGUAGCAUGCACCGUCUUUAAGAUUUGAUUUUAGUGAAUUGAAAACUCUUAGUUCAGUAGCUACUUAGAGAAGCUUGUUUUAUCACGUUGAAGCUUAUGGCCAUUGUAUAUAUUGGAAUAUUUCACUCAGCAGAAACAAGUUAUGAGUGUUGGAAACCUUAGCUUCCUAUGUAACCUCUUACGCAGAGUCCCACUGUAGGCUAAAGAGACCGUCCAUAAGGUAGCAUGUUAUUGGCUAACUGUCAAAAGAAACUCUCAUACCUAGGACUCCAAAUACAAACUGGCAAUCGGUUGGGGCAGCCUGACAGACUGCUGGGGGUAACUCUGCGAUGGACUAGCACCCCACCCAGGGGGAGGGGGGCUAACAAUACUAUUAGCCGUGGAGGACGGGGGCUAACAAUACUAUUAGCCGUCUCAAACCUUGAAAACCGGUGUUAAAGGUGAUCCUGUGGUGUGGGCCUUGUACCAAAUGCAAUCGUAAUCGCAAAUGCAAUCUCAGGGUAUCGAAAAUUUUACCAUUUUGCUGCACUUGACUUAUAGUUUUCAGCAGAAUACAGAAAAAACACUGCCUUUGCAGUCAGGCUUCUCCCUUUUUUAUGUGUUUAGAAAGAAGAAGCUACGCGACUGCGUGACUGUGAGUCAGGAAACGAAAAAUCCAGGUAUCUCCGUGACUAACUGCUGUUUGCUAGAGUUAUAUGCGUAGC